CAAGAUUCCUCUCCAGUUUCUUGACAUCAAGCUUCCUGGUACUUGACCAUGUCCUCCAGCAGCAGCAGCUACCAGACCGUAGUCACCAGCAGUAAGGUGAAAGCAACUCGUACUUCAAGCUAUGGAGGUUUCAGCAGUGCCUCAUUGUCUGGCGCAGGCUUUGGUGGGAGUUCUUUAACCCAAAGUUCCAGCUUAAGCAAUAACAAUAAUUUCGGUGGCAGCGAUCUUCUGAUGUCUGGCUGGGAAAAGCACACCAUGCAAAACCUCAAUGACCGCUUGGCAGCCUACCUAGACAAGGUGCGGGCUUUGGAGUCAGCCAACCAUCAUCUGGAAGUUCAAAUCAAGGAAUGGUAUGAAAAGAAUACGCAUGGUUAUAAUGACCGCAAAGACUACAGCAAAUACAUGAUCAUCAUCGAGGAACUGCGGAGAAAGAUUACUAAUGGCACCCCAGCCAAUGCAAGAAUCUUGCUUGAGAUUGACAAUGCCAAGCUGGCAGCUGAUGACUUCAGAAUGAAGUAUGAGAAUGAGUUGGCCCUGCGCCAGAGUGUGGAGUCUGAUGUCAACGGCCUGCGCCGGGUCCUAGAUGAACUUACCCUGGCAAGGUCUGAUCUUGAGUUGCAGUUGGAGGGUCUGAAUGAAGAGUUGGCCUUCCUCAAGAAGAAUCACCAGGAGGAGAUGACCUCAAAUAAAGGGGGCUCUGGCCAAGUUAUUGUUGAGAUGGAUGCAGCUCCAGCUGUUGACCUGACUGGACUUCUGAAUAAUAUGAGAGCUGAUUAUGAAGUAGUAGCUGAGAAGAACCGUAAAGAGGUUGAAGAAUGGUUCCUUAAGAAGAGUGCAGCACUGAAACAGGAGAUUCUUAUCGAGGCUCAAGAAGUCCAAUCAAGCCAUAGUGAAAUUUCAGAACUGAAGCGCUCUCAACAGACAUUGGAAAUUGAGUUGCAAGCUCUGUUAUCUAUGAAAAGCUCUCUUGAAGGAACCCUGUCAGAAACAGAAAACCGUUACUGCCUAAGCUUAAGCCAAAUACAGAUGCGCAUCAGCAGCCUUGAAGAACAGCUUCAACAGAUCAGAAUGGAUAUGUCAAGGCAGAAAGAAGACUAUCUGAGACUCCUUGACGUCAAAACCAGACUGGAGAGAGAAAUUGAGACCUACAGGAUUCUACUAGAGGGAGAGCUUAAUGUAAAGAAAGUGGAGAUAGUGGAGCAAGUGGUGGAAGUUAAAAAAGACCCAACCAAAACAAGAAAAGUCAAGACCAUUGUUGAAGAAGUCGUUGAUGGGAAAGUUGUUUCUUCCAGCGUUCAAGAAGUAGAAGAGAAACUCAAUUAAAUAUAACUGAUAGAAGAGCAUUAGGGAAAACAAUGCAAACUGAUGUAACACAACAUAUUAUAAGGCUCAGUACCAUUCCAACAGCAGAAUUUGAGUACAUGGUAAUAUUACUCAACUAAAUGUUUUCAUAUCUGUUGGAAUUGCAAUUAUGUUCAAAACUCGACCAAAAUACUGUGUUACACAAUCAAUAUAAGGUGGUUUAUUUGGGUAUAAAACUUGUUUUCCUAUGUUUUUAUUAAAUCAUUUUAAUCCUCA